GGCAUCUGCAAUGUCAGUCACAUUGGGAAGAAGCUUGAAUCACUAGACUAAAUCAACUUCAGUGCUGUUGUAAACAACUUACCUCGUCAGUGUUUGUUGGGCACUUCAAAAAGAAGGCACUGGGACAAGUCUCGUAAGCAUGAAGUCUCCGGUAGUUGUCUAUAAUUUAGCACUGAUUCAGAGUUUAUGGGAGUGCAGAGUGAGAAAAUACAGAGAGAAGCAGAAGAAAGAAGAACAAAGGCAAGAGAAAAGUGCCUUAAAAAAGUUGACUGAAGAAUGGACCUUUAGACUGGAAAUAAAGAAAAGAGCAUUUUUAAGAAAGAGUCAACUGGAAGUUGCAGAUGAACUGUAUCAUAUCCAUGACAAACAUUUUAAGUCUGCAGAACGUACCUCACCCGAUUCAGGAAUUGAUGUUGAGGCUGAAGACAGAAAUUUUAUAUUUGAGCUCAAUGGAGAACAUCACACGGAGAUCCCAGAUUAUUUGAAAGAAAUGGUUAAUGUCCGACAAUGGCACAUAAAUAGGACAAGCAUACAGGAAAUUCCAGGAUAUAUUGAGAUGUUUCAAGAUUUGAAAGUUUUACAGCUGUCGCACAAUGGCAUUCGAGAGCUACCACCUGAGAUAGGUACACUCAUUAACCUUAGAGAACUGGAUGUCAGCUACAACAGAUUAUCUGGUGUCCCACCACAACUUGGUGACUGUGAGAACCUGGAGAAACUUGAUCUAGCUGCAAAUCUAGACCUUUGGGAGCUGCCGUUUGAGCUCAGCAAUCUGAAAAAACUUCUGUACCUUGACCUAGCUGGGAACAGAUUCAGCAGCAUACCCAUCUGUGUUCUUCGCAUGUCAAGUCUGCAGUGGCUGGAUAUCAGCAGCAAUAAACUAAAAGAGCUUCCACAGGAUAUUGACAGGCUUGAAAAUCUGGAAUCCCUAUUCCUCCAGAAGAAUGUAAUGACAUACCUUCCGAAUUCCUUGUCUAACCUACCAAAGAUCAGCAUGCUUGUAGUCAGUGGGGAAAGCCUUGUCCAAAUUCCGACAUACAUUUGCAGCAGCCCUCAUAUUAAAUACAUCAGCUUAUUGGAUAACCCACUAGGAUCCGAGGAGGAGAAAGCCCAGCCUGACUUGGAGGAUGAAGAUGCUGAAGAAAAAGAGCUGGAGAAGGAGUUCAUGAAAGCCUACCUUGAAAGCCUGAAGGAGCGAGAGUCAGCCCCCUGCUACACUAUGAAGGUAUCACUGAGCUGUCAGUUAUGACACACUGACAUGGAACUAUUCAAGAGAAAUACGCAUAAUUAUACUGGAUUAAAGAUUCUGGAAAGGCAAAGUAAUUUUGCUACUAAUUUUAUACAAGUACUGAAGUCUUGUGAUGGGCUUAUGCUGUACUUUUGUCUCCAGAAUUUAAAAAUGUAUGGGAGUUAAAUAAGUAAAAAUAAUUUUGAUAUAUUUUUUUUAAAUAUAUUUUCUCUGUGGCACACUGGCAUAGUGAAUAGCAUUGCAGUUUCACAGAGUUAAAGUUCUGCAUUUGAAUCCCAUGCUUGGUCUUUGUCUGUGAAAAGUCUGCACAUUCUCCCUGUGUCUAUAUGGGGGUAUUUCCAGGGUAUUCCAACAUCCCCAAGCUAUAUGCAUUAGGUGAACUUUCAGUUCUGAACUGCCCC